AUGUCGGAUGAGAAUCCUCGAAGGGAGCAACAAAUUCUUGAUGUCAAGAGCUUGUUCUUCCUGGGAUGCUGGGGGAUUCAAGACAAGCUGCUUGAGAACAAGUUCCAGGCGUACUAUCGUGAUUGCAUGAUAGCAAGGAUUGAGUCGUACACGCCAUACUUUAUCGCUCUUAUCAUCUUCCAGAGCUGCAUGGCCUGUGUCUUGCGGUACAUGCAGUCAGACGGCUUCACUACCUCGGACAAGUUCCUCCUCUUUCGGCUUGUCCGGGGGUUCUUGUGGAUUGCGUUCUUGAAGAUGAAGAAACCUGCCAUGUGGAACUACUGGGCACCUCGCUUCCUUCCAUGGACAAUGACGAUCCUCUAUCUUGUACAUAUCGUGGAGAAUGUGUCGAGUAGGGAGUGGGAAUCGAUUCAGUUCUUGUGCGUUUGCAACGUCUUGAUAUCCCCCAUGAUCUUUCACUCCUUCCUCCACCCGUUCUUCUUUCACUCCGCCAUGAUGUUUUCAAGGUGA